AUCGUCCAAACAUGGCGGACGGUGAUAACACAGAUGAGUUUGAUAAAACUCCCUUAUCGCCGAUCGUGGGAACUCCCUGCGAUGAACUAGAUGCUGCAGAGCUGUUUGAAGGCCAUUAUAAUAACCAGGAUGUUUUUGCGAUGGGUGAUGAGCAAGAUUCUAAGAGUUAUUUAAGCUCUUUUGGCGAGAAAAACGACAGCGAGUGUGACUCUGCGAGUUCAGAGUUGGAGGACAUUUAUUCUGGUGAACUUGGAGUUACUCCACCGAGGAAUAUACGAAGGAAUAAAGAAAGAAGUCGAACUCAAAGGAAAGGUCAAGGAUUGUGCUUGAAGAUACCGGUGAAAGUGGAGGUCGAGAAGCAAAAGAAACGAGUGCGAGAAUCGUCUCAAACUCAGAUUCAAAACGAGAGAGCUUUUCAACGUGAAUAUAAACGAAGUAGUCUGGGAAGCACUUUGGGGAACGAAGACUUGUCUCGAUCUUUGAAUCUUCCUAACGUCAAGAUAGAUUCAAAAAAUAGAUUUAUGUCGCUAAAGUGUACGAGACGGGAUAAUCGAAAGGAAGAUUCUCCAAAACACAGACUAACUCGAUCUGAAUCUGACCCCAAAGACUUAGGCCAAUCUUUGACGACUCUUUCUCAAUCUCGACAAGAGUUUAUACGAACAUUCUCUCUUCUGAUUAAAAUCGGAGCUCAUGCACGUAAGCAGAGAGACAGCCAGUUCGCUUCUACUGAACUUGAGCGACAAAACUCCGAGGAGCACAAGAAAUGGCAGGUUAAACUUUGCCUUGCUUUGUGGCUGGAGUUGCGUGCUUGGCACGGUGGAAGGACGAUGGAAGAGCAAGACAAGUACCUAAUGGAAGAAAGGGCUAACGUUGAAGAAGUUUUAGACGAAUUUAUUAAAUUCAAUUUAAAUAAUGUAGUCUCCAAUGGAGAUGUUGAUGAUAAUUUAACUUCUGUGAAGGAUAAUGUUGAGCAAAUUGUGGAAGAUGAAGCUGUGUCAUCUGUGAAUAAUCGAGCACCUGCAACAAAUGCUUCUGCAACUCCAACAGUUGUUAUUGAUGACUAUGAAUUGAAAGACAGUAAUGAUAAAAAUUCAAAUAACGGUAGAAAUUCAACUAAAACAGACAAUUCACCCAAUGAACCUAGAGAGAGUUCUCCAUCUUCUGAUUCAAAACCAAGGAAAGAAAAUUUGAACUUAGAUUUGAGUAGUGGUGGAAAAACAAGGUUAAAGUCCUUAAAGAGUGAAGAAUGCAUGCCAAGAUGCAGUACACCAGAAAAUGCAGUCCCCAAGGAUAGGUUUCGUAAACGAUUAGAAUUUGCAAUUAUGGAAAUUACGAAAUUGUUUGACCAGCUUGAAUCAGUGGAAGUACUCUACCCAACAAAACGGGCAGUCGGAGAAGCAAAUCCUAAGUAUUUGAUUUCUGAAUUUAAUAGGAAUGUUGAUGCAUUAUUGUUGUGGCUGAACGUGACCAAGGAGCUACUUCAUCAGCUGACAUUGAUUUCAAGGUUUCUGGGUAUUGAUCCUGAGAUGCAGGACAUGUGGCAGGAUUGGAUUCACAUGGGAAUGGGGAUGCUAGGUGGAAGCACAGAGAGCGACUCUUGUGUCGCAACAAGCACCACCUCAGAAGAAUCUUAUAGCUCGGGAUCAAGUGAGUCUCUUGAUGAAGAAUUACCAUCCACCCCUACGUGCAAGCGACAGCUCUCCCAUGAAACCUGGAGUCCAAAACCACCAAUGAGAAGUGGCAGCAACAUCUCACAGUUUACCUGGACAUUGACGUCACGCUAUAGGCCUUUUGUCGACAGAAGUAUUAAGAAAUUUGGACUGGUUAAACUUGGUAAAAGAAUAGGAGAUAUCCUAGAUGUAACGCUACUUAAAACAAGGCAAGUUUUGUACCCUGAGGGACCCCAACCAAAGCACAACGAUCAUUCACAAAUGUCAAUCAGUGAAUGGCAUGCAUCAGUUUCGCACUUAGAAAACAUACUGUAUCGUGAUGUUGCCACAGAACAGAGGCCAAGGACGCACUCCAGUCCCGUCAUAAGGAAUAUUGUACUGGAAAGAAGUCCUUAUAUGCUUCCUUGGAAAAGCAUCUUUGAGGAACUUGGCCUGCCAUCGAUCCGAGAUCUCUAUCUGUUCCUUGCUCGAAUUCCUUUGGAUAUCAGCCAUGAGUGUAUUAGGUUAAGACUGGAACACAGACCAAAGGGAGAGCCAUCUUCUCUUAGUAUUAGACAGCUUCUGAAGGAGUGUAAAGAGGUAAUACUGGGUGCUGUGUUGGUCAAGGAUUAUUAUCUUUGUAUGGUGGACGGGAUUGUGAGUCCUGAAGACUAUGACCAUGAAAAACUGGAGAAUGACAUUGAAGAAUUCGAACAAGACUUACAGAGCAUGUUAGAGGUAUACUUUGAAUACCUCCACAAUGUUAUCCACAUGCUACAGCGGCUACCACAAGCAUCCAAAGGGCUGAAGAACUUGCUAGAAGAGGAAUGGGUGUUCGUUAAGCACAAAUACCAACACAUUAGAGGUGGAGCUGUUGCUGGUGGAACAAGAUUUUGUGUGAUGGCCGCUGGGUUGCUGGAAUCUACUGCAGAUUUUCUAGAGUCCGGAUUAGACCAAUGUUGCUCUGAUCUCCAUGACAACACUGACCACAGUGAAGAUGUGAGGAAAAAGGUUCUAGAGGCCUGUCGUAGCCUGAAGCACUUGUUCAAUGAAGGAAGAGAGAGAGCAUCAAAGGCGUUGGGAUUCACCAAAAAGCUUAAGAUAGACCUGGAGAAUGCCGCAAAAUUCAGUAUCGAUGUUCCUGUUAAUGAACUUUUGUCUGUGUUAGAGAGGACAGAACACUCCCAGGUGGUUGUUGCUCCUACUACUGGGCUAUUGAUGUUUGUUCCUAAACAUUUGAGAGAUGACAAAUGUCAAAUCAUUGAUCUUCUGAAUGCAUGCUGUGGUCUGAAGAAGGGUCAAAACAAAGAGCCAGGGCAUGGAUAUCUUCUGGUGAUGCAGUCGUCUAAAGUGGCCACUCCUGUCUGGACAGGACAUAGGAUAAUCAUCACCCUUACAGUAGACACCAGAAUCAGCCUGGCUGAUAUACAGGUUGAUGGACUUAUCCUAGUGGUCAACAAGUCACACCAGGUAGAAGAACAGCGUAAUUGUUUCCUACACUCCAUGGGAAUUUUUGUGACAAUGAUCAAAGAAAGAACAUCCAGCCACCAGGCUAUCUCUGAGUCUCUUGAUUCCCUUCAAGAUGCGGCAUUGUUACUUGGGACGAAGAUUAUAAAUGCAGUAAACAGAGCCAAUGAAAACCUUGAUGGAGAGAUGUUUGACGCAGACGAGAAUGAAAGACACAAACUUUGUCAGAACACAGUAGAAACUAUGUACGGGUGUUUUAACUUUGGCUUUGAGUACUUGAAGGAAAUAGCAAGACUAGUGUCAGGAGAUCCAAGAAAAAAACUAGGCAAAUACAUGCUGUGUUUUGCCAGGAAAUGGAUCAAGUUUGUUAUGGAAAAGUGUGAGCGAGGACGAGGCACAAGACCAAGGUGGGCAACACAAGGCUUGGAUUUCUUAACCAUUGCCAUUGAUGGUAAAGUGCUCAAUUCUAUGCCUGAAGCAGAAUUCCAGCAACUAAAGAAGCAAAUAAAUGACUGCAUUUCACAUGUAGUCGGCAGUGCUAAUGGAGGCCCAUCCAGCUCAGCCUACCGUCCUCACAGCCCUGCCGUUGGUCCAUCUCCAGUCCUGGGCAAAAGUUCUGGUACUUCUCUCCGUCGUCCAUACAGCUGGCCAGCUAACAGAUCGCCCAGGCCAGAAGAUAGUGAAAAUAAUACAAAUAACCGCCACCUGUCUGAGCCGCACAAAGUCAUUCACUUUCAGAGUCUCGCUGAAGAUGCAAAAAGUCCAGAAGGUCUUGGUUCUGAGCAUGAUGAAGAAGAUGCUGUAUCGGAGAAGCCAAAAACCUCACCUGUUCCCCAUCACAAAGACAGCAUGGAUUACUCCAUGGCACCAAAAAUGGAAAAGGUACGCCAUGCACUCCGAAGACUUGAACAAGAAAGGAACAGCUACUUGGUGGAGAAGCAUGUGAUUGGCAAAGUCAGUAGUAAACACAGAGAUAUAACUAGUGAACUGGCCAAUAUUUCCAAUCGACGAGUGCCCUUCAAGUGGCAGAGAGGCAUGAAGAUUGGUGAAGGGCAGUUUGGAAAGGUGUAUGCAUGUGUUAACCUGGACUCUGGGGACAUGAUGGCCAUGAAACAGAUCAGGUUUCAUCCUAAUGACCACAGUGAGAUCAAAGAUCUUGCUGAUGAAAUCAAGAAUUUUGAAGGCAUUCAGCAUGAUAGCCUGGUCAAGUACUACGGUGUUGAACUACACAGGGAUGAGAUGCUGAUAUUCAUGGAGUAUUGUGCUGACGGUACUAUAUCUGAUAUUGCCAAGUUGGGAUUACCAGAGUCAAUGAUAAGACAAUAUACUAUGCAGAUACUGGUCGCUGUAAAUGUACUGCAUGAAAGAGGAAUUAUACACAGAGAUGUCAAAGGUGCAAACAUAUUUUUGUCAUCCAAUGGUCUAAUCAAGCUCGGCGACUUUGGCUCAUCAAUCAAACUAAAGAACCAAUCAAAGACCAUGCAUGGUGAAGUCAUGAAUGUCAGGGGUACUGUGGCGUACAUGGCACCAGAGAUCAUCACUAUGGAUAAGGGGUCUGGCUAUGGCAGAGCAGCAGAUAUCUGGAGCACUGGCUGUGUUGUGGUUGAGAUGGCCACAGGAAAGCCUCCAUGGCACGAAUAUGACAACAACUGGGCCAUAAUGUUUAAAGUUGGUGAUGGAGCCAUCCCUGCAAUACCUGACACUCUGAGCGAAGAAGGACGUGAUUUUCUUCAUUCAUGCUUUCUGCAUGACCCAAGAGAAAGACCCACUGCCAAUGAUUUAAUGGACCAUUCAUUUGUAAAGGUAGCUGUAAACGACCCUUAACUUUCUUUCUCUUCACUGCAAACGUCAAGGUGAAGGUGCUGCUAAACUUCAAAUAACAACAAAUGGAUAACACAGUUGUAUCAUCUUCCUAGUCCUGGUAGUAUAUUGCAUGCUUAAUUUAUAUCCUUUCGCAAAGGAAGUACAAAUAGACAUUUUUCUGAAUUCACUUGAAUAACAUACAGUGAAGUCCCAUUAUCUGAAACGCUGAAUAUCUCAAGUUUUUUGUCAUCAAACUUGAAACCAUGUCCUAUGAGGUUGGUAAAUCCAAACUACUUUAAUAUUUAGUCUUAACAUACUGUUAGGAUUUUUUAAAAGUGAUUCUAAAUGUGGGCGAGUUUGCAAGCACAUGAUUGAUGAUUUUAUACGUGGGCGAGUUGGCAUGGGCAAGUUGACUGUAAACCAUUCUUUGAGUCUAGCCACAAGUACUCGAGUCAAAUGUUGUUUUAUGGUUCAAGUGAAUUCAGAAUAUGGUAUAAAAAUAUAGAAUUAUAAAUUAGUAUUUUAGAAUUUUAAAUUAUUAGUAGUAGUUUUUAAGGGUUUUAAUUUAUUAUUUUUAAUGUAAAUGUUUUUAAAUAUUGAAACCAUACUAGUAUUCUGAUACAACAGGUAUUAUUAUCAUGUUGCAAUAGUCAUUUGGAAUUUGGAAUUAAGUCUUAUUCAACUGAAGUUCUGUUUGUUUAAUGUGUGAUUUUCUGAUCUAGAUAUACCACAUAAAUUUAAAUCCUAGAAUGUGUGUUAUAGUAAGGGAUUAAUUAUGAUUAAUCAAUUAUCAAUUAAUUAUCUCAUACAAUUAGUUUCAAACAGCCAUUUGUUUGUUGAUUGGUGAACGAAUAAUCGAUCGUUGACUGCUGAUUGACCAACAGUCAGCCGAGUGUCAAUCAACUUUUGUCGGCUGAUCACUAAGUACAUGAAUACCAUUACAAGUUAUAAGCUCAACAAAAAAAAUGCAACAAUAGCCUAUUUCUAAUAUGCACAAGUACUUUUAUAUCACAAUCCCAUUUUCAAGUGGUGAAUUUUUUGUGUAUUUUCCAUAGCAUGCGUAAGAUCUUGCAUAAAAAUGCCUCAUUUUGGAAUCUCACAUUUGAAUACUUUCGACAGCAUUCACACAUCUUGGAAAAUAUCUAUUUAAUUAACUACACUUUGGUCUGAACCAACUAUUUAUUACUAAAAUUAACUAAGAUUCAAAGAAUAAGAAUAGACUAAUAAAUUUGAUACAAUUUUCCUAUUUCUAUGAGAUAUCAGAAUGGUAAAUAAUAAGUGCAAUGCGAAGGAGGCAGAAUAAAGCUGGGCUUUGUUUGUGUUGUGGGGGGAGGGGAAGGGGAGUGGUGUAUAGUAAUUUUGUAUACAGUAUAAAAAUAUUGAUACUGUGCAGAUACUGCAACUGGGACCACUUUGAUAAACCAGUAUCAUUAACCAAUCAUAUUGCGACAUUUAGUUCGAUAUUUUUUAAUGAGCCAAUCAGAUAGUGCAUUGAUAUUAUAAGAGCAUGAGAAUGUGAUAAUCUGAUUGGCUAACGCUGUUAUCAGUUCAAUUUCUGUCUAGUUUACUGUUAUCUGAUUGGUCAGCUUUACUUAAGUGGUCCCGCUCAUGUCGGCACAGUAAAUUCAAUUUUACUAGAGUUCUCAUCUAAACAAUGUUUUUUUUAAAUAACACGAUGUAAAAACAAAAAAUAUCUCUCCCGAAGCGUGCAAUAAUUAAACUACAAUCUGUUAUAAAUAAAUUAUAUCCAUAGAUUACUGUU